UACAUACACAUACACAUUUUCACUCAUACACUCAUACACAAAGCCGUACGUGUCUAUACACACACAUACAACAGUCUCACCCAUACACACUCAUACAUAAAGACCCCAUAACACUCAUACAUCUGCACACACACACUUCACCAGCUUUUAGUUCGUUCGUGUAUCAUUAAUGUAACGGGAAUCUACAUGCAGAAUUCAUUGAUUAUUAAACUGCGCAUUUGACUUGCGAAGUUUACAAAUCUCUACAUUUAUACCUUUUCUUUUCACACAACAAAAAUGAAAUUGACAUCUUGACACACUCCAUAAAGCAGCAAGUGGGGUAAAAAUGUUGUGCUUACUAUAUAUAACUGCAGCCAGUCAACAAUGAUGUUAUCAUGAGUGCCAGUUUGCAGCUGAGAAGUGGAUUUCAACUUGUGUAAUAUUCUCAGGUAGUUGCUGUAUGCUAGCAGCAUGAGUCGACAGCCCUCUAAUUCGGGAAAAGCCCGUGGACACAGCCAACAAGUUCCUGUCCAAGAGUCCACACUGAUGAUGAACAUCCAAACUCACAAAUCUGAGAGGGACUGCAGGGGUUUAAAAUCUUCAACAACCAGCAACAAUGACCUGGCCACCCUGUUUGAAUGUCCAGUUUGUUUUGACUAUGCACUCCCUCCCAUCAUGCAGUGCCAGAGUGGACAUAUUGUGUGCCAUUCGUGUAGGCAGAAAUUGUCAAUGUGCCCAACAUGUAGAGGACCAUUAGGAAAUAUUCGCAACUUAGCAAUGGAGAAGGUAGCAAUGACAGUGCUGUUCCCUUGUAAAUACUCUACUAAUGGCUGUUUAGUUACUUUGUUACACACUGAGAAGUCUGAACAUGAAGAAACAUGUGAGUGCAGGCCCUACUGUUGUCCCUGCCCUGGUGCAUCCUGUAAGUGGCAAGGUUCUCUAGAGCAAGUUAUGUCACACUUGGUUCAAUCUCACAAAAGCAUAACGACACUGCAAGGUGAAGACAUUGUGUUUUUGGCCACUGAUAUUAAUCUACCUGGAGCUGUCGACUGGGUUAUGAUGCAGUCAUGUUUUGGCCACAAUUUCAUGCUGGUGCUAGAGAAACAGGAGAAGAUAGAUGGCUUGCAGAUGUUCUAUGCCAUUGUACAGUUGAUUGGUACAAGGAAGCAAGCAGAAAACUUUGCUUACAGAUUAGAACUAAGUGGUCAUCGGAGACGACUUACUUGGGAGGCCACACCACGCAGCAUCCAUGACGGUGUUCAAUCUGCCAUUCUAAGUAGUGACUGCUUGGUAUUCGAUACCAACAUAGCCCAGUUAUUUGCCGACCAUGGAAACUUGGGGAUCAACGUUACCAUUUCUACAUGCUAAAACAUUUUUAUUUUUGGCGGUUCCAUGAUCUCAGGCCAGGCGGUGCCAUCUCCUCCUGUCUCCAUGGCACCAGUAGACUCCUAAAUUUAGCUUGUCUCUCUCUCUCUCUCUCUCUCUCUCUCUCCAUCUCU